AUGGAUUUAAGGAAUCUCAUAGAUGAUGAUGAUGCAGCUGGCAGUGCCAAUGGCAGCACCGGGAGGACUUCAUCGCCGGCGUCUGUAGCGUCUGUACCUAAGCAAGAGCCACACAGGUUUUCCAUCGACUCGAUGAUGAAUAACGAGCCAGCCUUUCCAGAUGAGAGAGCGCUGGAAAUCCGCAAGCGCAAUAGUAUAGUGAAUUUGACGAAUGCUCAGGAUGUGGAUUUUGAUGGCCAUGCUGCUCCACGUAUUGCGCGGUCUUCCUCCACUGCUACGCUCGAUGUUUCGCCAACAGCAAAGGGAUUUGCUGUGCCGCAAGUCCAUCCUCAGAUACACGGAAAUAUCAAUAUGAGUCCACUGGUUAAGUCUGUUUCUCCUAAUACGCGUCCUGUUGUACCCAAGGCGGUGACUUUGGAUGAAGAGCUCAAGUCUCUGGGUCCUGUGGGGGAUAACGAGAAGGAGAAUCUUGGAAAACCAAGACGGUAUAAAACGAAACCGAAGUGGGCUCAAGACUAUGUACCAACGAUGAAAGCACAUAAGAGUCAAUCGUUGGUCAGACCUGUGAAUUCAAGUUUGGAGGCCCUUUCCAUCACGAACAGCAUACCCUAUGAUGACUUUAUUAUGAGCGUGACGAAGUGGAUAUACGCUAAUAUUGCGAAAAUUCGCGAGGAUAACCCUGAUGAGCCAAACAUCGCAAAUAUGAUUGAGCUGGAGUUGAAAGUUGGGCAGUUAUGGGAUGAGAAGGAGGACCGUAAACUUAGGUUGCCCGUUCUGAGUGAAACACCUAUUUCCAAGGAGUUUUACAAUGAAAGAUGCUCUUUCCGCAGUGGCAUCACACCAGAGCAAUACAGGGAUGCAAAAGAAUUUCUGGGUAAGCUCGCGGAUUCAAAUACCAAGAAUGACCGCAAGUUCAUUGUGCAAAAGAUACACGAGAUAGACAAGAGUGCCGUCGAAGCUGUACGAAACUCGAAGCCGGUUAAUGUGAGGGUUUCGUUUGAUUACAACACCAAACGAUUCUCUUCCUCAAUCCACAAGGAAAAACUUUCAGACAUGUUUCUAUACUUUCCUAAUUCCUUGUUUGAUCUCAGACUCACCAUGGCACUGGAACGGCCAGUCAACCUCAAUCCAGAGGCUUUGGAAGCUUUCACCAGAAAGGUGACCCUUGAGCGUGAAAAAGAUAGGCUUUCCUACUUUCACAAUGCAACAUUUACACGCAUUGACCUUACUAAAAUCAAGCAGACACAAAACUCGAAGCAGAUCCGCAAGCAUGAGUUAGAGCUGGAGAUCAAUACCCCAGAGCUUUUGCGUGCCAUUGAGAUUUUACCCAAAGAUUCUCUAUAUUACGUUGAUCUGGUGAAGACCUUCUUGGAUAAUGGCAGGGUCCUUGCCCGUAAGCUGAGUGAGGGACCAUUGAUAUAA